UAUUAUGAGAAGAUAAUGAAGCUUGCUUUAUUCUGUCAACGAACAAAGAUACGACAGAGGGAAGAGAAAGCAUUAUAGGUUUUACUCCCGUUGUGCGACAAUCUUUGAAUCCGCUUAGUAUGGACGACGCGGAAGCGUACGACGAGGACGUGAACGAUCAACCGGUCGAUUACAGCAAGAAGUAUACCGAGAGAAAUGCUCCGCCGCAGAAUCAUCUGGCCGAGCCGAGUGCGCAGCAACCUCGUGCCUCGAAGAAGGAGUUCAGUGAACGCGACUCCAAGGUAGACUUGUUCGGUGACUACGCCGAGACCGAUCUGGAUCAACCCACAGAUUACAGUUUACGAUACGCCGAGGACGACACUGACGAGGAGGAGAAACAGAACGCCGAAUAUUUUCCUGUCAGUGGACAAGAGGAUACGGUCAAGACUUACUGCACAGAGGGAACUCCUUACGAGACACCCUUCAAUUUUUCCACGGCCACUUCCAUGUCGGAUCUCCGAGUCGAGGAUAUAAAGGAGAGCGAACUCCCGAAGAAGAUGUCGAAGAAGCCGAUUGAUAUCGUUAGGAAGAGUCCUGUGUCCUUUAUCAAACAACCCAAGACGCCUGACUGUGAUGAACAAGAUGGUCUAAUAACGAAAGAACUCGAAGAGGAAAAUCCAAAGAAUACUGUGGUUCUUAAUCCUGGCCAGGUGACUCCAGAGAAGAUAGUAAGUUAUUAUGAGGAGGAAACGUCGCAUGGUUUCUCACGUGCCAAUUCAUUUAGUUCCCUGAGUAGUGCAGUGACUUCUCAGAAUAACGUUCCAGGAGUUAUGUCAAAAGUAGACUCGCCAUCUUCCGUGAAUAAAGAAGAACUGGAAAAUGAUGAUCACAGUGCUGUAAAAUUGAAUAACAAUCAAGUAGAAUUGUCUUCGGGAAAUAAUAAUCUAUCUGAACGCAAGAAUAAUCCACGUGUGUUGGAUAAAGAAGGAAAAAUGGUAACAUUUAGUGGUCAAGAUUAUUAUGCAGAAGAAACUCCUUUAAUGUUUUCACGCUGUAGUUCACUUGGCUCAUUGAGUGGAUUUGAGCAACAUUCAAUUCAUGAUGAUCGUAGUUCUGUGAUCAGUGAUUUUAGUCGUAGGACCAGUGGUAUAGUUUCACCAAGUGAACUACCAGAUUCACCCACACAGACAGCUUUACCUAGUCCACGAAAUCAUAAAACUCAAAGUACAGAAUUUGUAUCAAAACUACAAGAAGAGACAGUAAGAUCAUCAGUUCGACAGCAUUUAUCAUUUUCUAAACCGCAAAUCACGAUGAGUAGUGUUUUUGAAGAUGAAGUUGCUACUUUUAAGGAAGAAUCGACACCAAUUGAAUUUUCUAGUGCAACAAGUCUGAGUUCCCUUACAAUUGAUGAUGAAGUCAAAAUAUCUAAUGAUACAAAGAUGUAUUGUAAAUUGGAAAAAGUACCUGAUGAAGAUGAGAAAGACAUCUGUAAACUCGAGACCGAUAUGCUUAAUAUGACAAUAAGCAGCUCAAAAAGUAAAGAGAAAGAGGAACAAAUAAGCGACGGCGAUGAGGAUGAUGAAGAUAUGUUGGCUGCCUGCAUUAAUAUGGGAAUGCAAACUAACAGAUAUAGACAGUCCCUGAAAGUUCAGGAAUCUACACAAUCGGAAUCGCCGAAUAUCUUAGUGUCGUAUCAAAGAAAUUCUAUACCAAAUAGAUUAGAAUCACCUGCGACUCCUGUAGAAACGCCUAUCAGUACUUUGAAAACGAAUAGAACUGCAGUGGAUAUCGUUGCUUCAGAUACCGUACACGUAUAUUGCACGGAAGAUACGCCUGCCGACAUCUCUCCGGUAGGAUCGCAAUCCAAUCUGUCCGCUCUUUCGAUGCCAAGUGUACAAGAGGAUGUGGAGAAGAUAGAACCAGACAACCAAUCAGCCGAGAUCGAUUGCCACAGAAGUGAUUUAUUCGAUGAAAGUUCCAAUCUCUCAGGCGAGGAUGAAAAAAUAUUAGAUGAAUGCAUUCAAUCAGGCAUACCUAAGGCGAGACAAAUAACUCUACCUCCAGCAAAUAGCAUCCCGUUCGUUAAAAAACCGGAAACGUUACAUAUAAUUAACAUAUACGGUACUCCGUCAUCUUCGCCUGUUGAAGCAAAUCAUGGGAAUAAGAAUCCUAUAUUAAGGCCUAAAUCGCCAGGCAAUGGAUUAUCGAGGCAUCCAGACGACUUUUCUGAUGACAGUUUGAAUCAUUCAGAUGAUGAAGCAAUUUUGACAGAAUGCAUACAGUCUGCAAUGCCAAAGGCAAGAUUUAACAUAUCACCAUCACUCAAACAGCCAUUGUCACAAGUCACAGAAAAGCCUAGAGUAAUAAAUACAAUACAGACGCCCUCCACUUCUUCAGCAUUUCUUCAGUCAAGAUAUGUAGAGCAAAGAAAGAAUGUAAUGAAAAAACGUUUAUCUUUCGAAGAAAAUGUUGGGCUUUCUGAAGAAGAGGAAGAUAUCAUGUUGGCACAAUGUAUUAGAUCUGGGAUGCCAAAAACAUUAAGUUCCAUGCCUUCGACAGUAACAUCUACGAUAAAAAAAUCCGAGCCGUGCCCGAAAACUGCGAAGAGUUUUGGAAUCCUUCCAUCUUCCUGCUUUACAAACAAGGCUUAUUCCUCCAAAAGCGCUAUGCUACACUCACAAUUGUCGAAAUCCGUGAAUGUCAACACAGCGGACACGCGUUACACUAGAAAUGUAUCAGGUAAUCAUAAUGGUUUCUCGGGGAGAACGACGAGCAGCAGUGUAGCACAGCACGGUCAGAUGUUGAGAAACUGUGAUAACGGUAUACGUGAGAGAAUAAACAAUUCGCCGUAUUGUGCUCGCAGAUCAUCAUUUCGUCACGCAGAGAGUGAAAACGGCAAUUCCGUCGACAAUCAUUGUGUACCUGCGCGAUCUCGUGUUGUAAAAUGUGCGCCGGCUUGCAGUAAGACGGAAAACAAUGAUUAUGCGUGUAAAAGCACGGCGAACACUGUGCCUUUGCGUCACAAUUCAGUGAACUCUAUCAGUGAGGCGGAUACGCGGAUUUCUACGCAGGAGUGGGCCUUACUGGAAUUGUGUAUCACUUCCGGUAUGCCUACAAACAAGUAUCGCGUUAAGGGAAUGAAGCCUAGUGAGAGUGCAAUUUCUAAUGGACAUGAUGAUUGUGAGUCGAUACCGGAGGACAAUUAUUCAGUGUGCAGUUAUAAUUCUUACGUUUUUAAAACAUAAUGCACAUAUAUGCGUGCAAAUACAUGACAAAAUUAUAGAAUUUCUCUCUAAAUCUCUCUGCCUGAUGAUAUGUAUAUAUAUUGUAUAUUAAAAAAGACUGAAUAUUUUUAUAUGUUAAUAAAAUGCACACGCUUGUGUGUUUAAGGUGCUUGGAACUAAAGAUCCCAUUAAUUUUAAAUUAAUAAGAAC